UGCUGUAAGCUUACUACUAAUCAAGUUUCCGCCCAAGAAUGUUAGAUUCAACCCUGAAUAAUAAGUAUCAACGUCCCACGUCAAAGUAUGACGGAUCAUAUUAAUUGUUCAUAUUUGUGAUACGAAAACACCGAACAAAAAUGUACUCGAAACGCUCACUUAAGACAUUAAAGACGCAUUUGCGUCUAGCAAUCUAUCGAAUGCAACUUCUUGAAAAAAAGAAAACUGAACUUGCACAGAAAGCGCGAAAAGAAAUUGCUGAUUAUAUUGCAGCAGGAAAAGUUGAAAGAGCUAGAAUCUGUGUAGAACACAUCAUUAGGGAAGAUUACAUGGUUGAGGCUAUGGAACUGCUUGAAAUGUAUUGUGAUCUUUUAUUAGCACGCUUUGGACUUAUCACGCAAAUGAAAGAAUUAGAUGAAGGCCUAGCAGAAGCUAUCUCUACAAUAAUUUGGGCAGCUCCUAGAAUUCAGACUGAUGUCCGAGAAAUGAAGGUUAUUGCUGAUAUGUUUGCCGUGAAAUAUGGCAAACAAUAUACAGAUGCAUGUAGAGAAGAAGCUGUGCAUACUAUUUCUGAAAAAUUGAAACAGAAGAUGAGCGUACAAUCGCCAUCUAAACUUCUUGUUGAGAAGUAUCUUGUAGAAAUCGCAAAGAAUUACAAUGUUGAAUUUGAGCCAGAUCCACAGGUAAUAGCACAGGGACAAGAGGCAUUGUUGAUAGAUAUUGGAGGUAAUGGAGAAGCUAGAAAUAAUUUAGAUACAGCAUCUGGAGGUGGUUUUCCACAACCAGUUGGAUUUAUUGGAUUUCCACAACCUCCUUUGUUACCAGAUCCUACAGCCAACUUCAUGAAUUCAGAGAAAGCACCUAUCGGAUUUAUAUCUCCUGCAGGUCCUUCAGAAAAUAAAGCCCAAAAUAUUCCUCAUAAUAUUCCUAAUGUUUCUUACAAUAUUCCUUUGGAUAACUCCAAUGGAAACAAGCCUGAAAAUGAUCUACCUCCACCUUAUAGUUCAUUUCCACCUGAUUUAAACAAACAGUCUGACCAGAAACCAAAACCACAACCAAGAUCGAAAAUGCCAAUGAAUGAUUUUCAGCUUCCAGAUUUGCCAGCUGUCCCAUCAGAGAACGACUUACCUCCAAAUAAUUCGACUACUGCCGAAGAUAUUGAUUUUGACGAUUUAAUGAAGCGAUUCGAAGAUUUAAAGAAAAGAAAAUAGUAUUUCGUGUUCAUAAAGUUAUAUUGUAUAAAAUAUGUAUGUUAUAAUACAUCAUACAUAUGUACAACUGUAAAAAUUAAAAAAAAAGCGUAGCUUUAUCGUUGUAUAGUAUUUUACAUUUUGAAUAACUAAAUAGCAGUGCUGGUAACAAUUACUAUAAAAUAUUCUUCAAUAUUAGCUUUAAAAGAUAUUCGUAAAACAUUUUCUUCUUAGUAUUUAGAGUAAUUUUGAAUUAAUAUCUUUCCGGUAUUAAUUCAAUGCUUAUGAAAUGUAAAUUGGAAAAAGAUUAAUAAAAAGAAUUUCUAAAAUGUAUAAGAACUAUAAAUUAAAAUAUACUUGAUUUAGCCAGAGCUUACUUUCAAUGAUUUAAGUAUGCCUUGAAGCUAUAAAUUUCAUAAUGUGGUUCUAUAAUUUCGUCAUGUGCAUUAUCAAAGCAAUAGAAUACAUAAAAUAACAUACAUUUGUAAAAAUUGUAAUAUUAGAUAAGUUUCGAAGAGAUUUUGAUAUGUAUCUUCUGUUAGUUUAUGUUUAAAUUUCUUCACAUAAAUAUUGUAAAACAUUUAUAUUCCACAUUUGCGUACAAUAUUUCGUUAA